AUGAGGGCUGUGAGCAGGAGUAGAGUAAAGGUCCUGUCUAGUCAGAGCUAUAUUUGUGUUAGUGGGGCGGGAUGCAGGAACGGCCACGCGAAUCUUGUUCUCGGUGGCUACGUGCACUACGUGAGCAAACGCCACAAGAACAUGGAGUAUUGGCGUUGCACGCACUACGACAAGGAUGGUUGCAGUGGCCGCCUGACCACCGUGAAAGGGGUGGUGGUUAACGUCCGCAAGGUGCAGUUCAUCACCAGCCGCAGGGGGCACCUCCAGCUGGUGCUGGACAACUACGUGUACAAGAAGAACAACGUUAAGGGCAGCAAGGUGCACUGGGUGUGCACCCACUACUACAAGACCAACUGCCGCAGCCGCGUGGCGACCACGGAGGGGGAGCUUCACCUCACCAUGACCCAGCACAACCACGGGCCGCAGUUGAAGGACUCCAGCGAGCUCGUGCGAGAUUCUGGCUUCCUUGACUUGAAGUCCUCCCAGCCAGACCAAUUCCCUUGCGGCCUCACUGGCGGCCACGAGCUCUGCCUCAGUAGUGGAUAUUGCAACGCUGGGCCGGCGAGGUUCAUCCGCAGCAGGCAGGGCGGGGUGCAGCUGCUGCUCGGCGGUUACGUCUACGGCAUGAAGUACAGCAAGCGCGGCAAGACGUACUGGCGCUGCACCAGGUACAACCGCUACGACUGCCGCGCGCACGUCACCACCUGCGACGGGGAGCCGUCCUUCACCUACGGGGUCCACGACCACCCUCCUCCCCUCUGCGCCGGGACGCCCGGUGGCAGGCCCUGGCCAGCCACGCUCCAGUGGGGCGAGAAGUGCGCGCCAGAGUUCCACCGCACGGAGCGGGGCGGGCACCUGCUCGCACACGGGGACUUCCUGUACCGCUUGUCGUACCAGGUGGUGGACCGCGCCUACUGGAAGUGCGUCGACAGCAACGCCCUGAAGUGCCGGGCGCGCGCCAUCAUCGCGGCCGGCCGGCUGAGCGUGUCUUGCGGCGAGCACAACCACCCCCCGCACCACGACAGGAUCCGGGAGAGGCGGUGGAUCACCGACAAGUUCAACCGUGAAUACUGUUAG